UUCAAUCAGAAAUUGGACGGACGUGGAAAAAUAUAUUUCACCUGUGUAAAAUAUAAAAACAAAUGCCAAUUGUGGAUAGGCAACUCGUUAUUCCAUACUGAACUAAUUUGCAUAACUUCAUACCAUUCUAAAUACGGAGAAUUAGCAUUUGCGAUAAGAAAAAACUAAAGCAUAGAGUGGAGUACUUGAAUGGGAGCAGUUUUGAUAACAGCCAAGGAAUUCAGUGUACAUAAGCAACAAAUACCAAUACGAAAGUAAUAACUGGGAGUUACAUUAACUGCGUAACAUUCACCUGCCUCGCUUUGUUGAUAUAAUGAAUAUCGGAUGGUGUAAUUGAUUUGCCAAGCAGUUUUCAUACAGUUAAAGAAAGGUAUAGUACGGCAGUGAAAGGCAGUGUUUAAAAAUGUUUGCUUCGUUGAAAAACAAAAUAAAAGAAGAAACUGGUUCAGAUGUGGCUACCGCAGCAACGAGUACGCGGCACACAAACCAUAACAACAAUCGAAUACGAAGUCGUUUCUCCUCGACAUUGAGUGUUAAUUCCACUAAUGAGGACGCCGGAGGAGGUGGCAGCGCAGAUUCACAGGGUUAUGUGUCAGAGCAAUUCUCCACAUUGCGCAGUCAAAGCAAUGAACUGACCACCAAAGUGACUGAACUAAAUUCUCGGCUGCAAUUGCUUCAAGAAGAAAAGACACGCAUCGAAAAGACCAAUGAAAUUCUCUUGGAAACAGUCAAAGUUGCCCAAACGCAAAAGGACAUCUACUGUGAGGAACAGGAGAAGAUACAAAAUCUACAACAAGGCGAAAUAGAAAAAUUAAAAAAUUUAUUAUCAUUCCGCGAGCAAGAAGCUGUUGAUCGACUUUCAGCUAUGCGACAAAAUCAGCAACAAAUUGAAAAUCUAACCAGUGAACUUGAACGACUGAAGCAAUAUGAGCCGAUGGUAGAGGAUUUACAGGAUGAACUGGAACGUCUGCGUCAUUCGUCACAGCUGGGAAAAAAUAAUUUGACAACUACACUUGCUGCUGUCGAGGAGGAAAAUCGUCAUUUAAAAAUGCGUUUACAAAUAAUGGAACAAGCGCGUUUAGAUGCUAUAAAUACAUUUAGCGCAGAUGAGAAAAUGCAAGCGCUCGUGCAAGAACGCAAAAUGCUCGAACAGCAUCUGGAAGAAGCCCAUCUUCAGCUGUCCGAUAUAAAGAGUACAUGGAGCGGUCAGAACUUAUCAUUGGAAACGCAAGUAAGCCGCUUGUCCAAGCAAGUUGCGGAAGAAACGACUGAAAAACGAAAAGCAUUGAAGGCACGUGAUGAUUUAAAUGAAAAAGUUAAGCAAUUAGAAUUUGAAAUGAUGAAACUUAGGGAAGACAUGAAGCAGCGUGAUGAUAAAAUAAAACUGCUUGAAGAAGAGAUCGAUGAAUUGAAUUCGGCCUUAAAGGAAUGCCGCGAGGAGAAUGAACAGCAAAUUAUCUACGAACGGAAUAAGGCUGAGACACUAGAAAAUGAAACUAAGGAACUAAAGUUACGCAUCAGUACCGCAGAUGAACGCUUCAGCGAGUAUGCCACCAAUGCGGAACAUGUUGCACAGUCGUUACGCCAGCAAAACGCGCAGCUACAAGAACAGCUGAACGAAGCUUUAAAUCUGCUGGAAACGGAAAAGGAAGAAAAGCUAACAGCACUGUUGCGAAAUGCAGAGAUAUCACAAAGUGAGGAGAUCCUUCGCAAAGAAUUGCGCAUCGAACGAGAUGAGGCUAAUGAUUUAAGUGAAAAGAACGAACAGUUGACAAGCGAAAUGCAAGCCAAAACGCAAGAGAUCAAGCAAUGUAAAAUCGAGAUGGAGGAUUUAAGGACUGUGAUGUAUAAGAAUGGUGAGAAGCUAAAGGAGAUCGAUGAAAUGCAACGGGAAAUAAGCGAGAAAAAUAAGACAAUAAAAAUUCUGAAUCAACGUUUGGCGGAUUUGAAGAAAACUCUGCAGAAGGAAUUUCACAACGCUAAAUCAAUCGAAGUGGAAAAAGAGCGUAACGGUAACUGCAUUGCGGCCAAACUGCCAAGUACGGCAGAUGUACUUGCAUCCAACACUACAUUUUUGAGUGAGCCGCUGUCAUGCGAACACUGCGGCAUGAGCGUAAACACCACCGGCAAUAUCACAACCACUGGUACCAAUAGCAUAGUUAUGGAUGAAGUCAAUUUUAAAUAUUUAAAACACGUAAUUGUGAAAUUUCUUACUAGUCGAGAGGUAGAAGCACGUCACUUAAUACGCGCUGUUGCGACACUGUUAAGACUCACCAAAGAUGAAGAGAAAUUACUGCAAGAUACGCUAAAUUGGAAAAUGAGUUGGUUUGGCUCGAAGCCGAACCAUGGUAGGGGCCAACAUUCGUUCUCUAUACCGCCGAGUUAAUACUAAAACUGCAUUUAUAAAAAUUAAA